AGUUCUGCCUUGGCUUUGUCUGCGAAAUGAAAAGUGGGGUGAUUCUCCAGCUCCCUGUGGAGCACUCAGAGAAACUCUGUUAUUGUUGGUGGAAAUGUUUCAUUCUCCCACCCCCUCCUCUCUCUCUUGGAUGCAGGAAGUUACAUCAUUAUGCAUAAUAAGGGAAUUGGAGAGCUGUCUGGGCUGUUUGAAGGGGACUCUAGUCUGUUCUCACGGUCUGAUCAAGUGUGCAACUGGCAGUGCAGAAAACGUACUGAUAAUAUUUAGGGAGUGUGCAAAAUUCACAUGCAAAAGAGAGUGAAGGGAAUCUGGCAGACACGUCAAGAGAAAUUAUUAGAAGGGCAUAGACUUGAGUUACAGUCUGCAUUGUCUUGACACAGUUGAUUUUAUGGACUCCUUUUUUUGUUUUGAAAUCUGAACAGAAGAGGUUUCAUUAUGAAUCACCAAGCUGCAAAGACAAGAAGUGAUAAUUAUCUGAGCAUAAAGGACUCUGAAUCCCUUGAUACCUAUAUCCAAAAUACACUUUCCUCUCUCUAUCCACCGUUUGAGGCCACCGCUGCUACUGUGCUGUGGCAGCUUUUCAGCAUUGUUGAAAAAUCCUAUAAAGGAGAUGGUCUUAGAUGUCUAAUUGAUUUCCUCGUUCCUGCCAAGAGAGUCUUACAGUGUAUUCAGCGGGAAACCUGUGGCAAUUAUACUGGCCUCAUUUUCUAUCAUGAAGGAUGGCCACUGUGCAUCCAUGAGAAAGUCAUAGUCCAGUUGGCACCUCUCCACAAAGUCCGUUUAAAGCCAGGGGAUUUUUAUUUCCAGGUUGUGCCCUUGGGAAAGCAGUCUGCUAAACUAGUAUUAAAAUGUCUCUCCAGACAUGGGCAUGGAAUGGAAGAACUUCUUGUACCUGAAACCAUGUACAGACAUAUUUUCACAACCAAGUUUUUGGAAAAUGUAAAUGGUGAAUGGAAGGACUGUCCUUUGCAAAGCUGUUUGCUGACAACAGGCCCAGCUAUAUAUAGGACACCUUGGAAAAAUAUUGUGAAUCCUAUUUUUAUUCCUACAGCUGAAACAAUUCGAAAAAAAUAUUCCAGUAACUCUUUGCCAGAAAAGUUAAUCAGCAACAAUCCUGAUGCUGAAGCUAUGACACCAACGAUGGAAAGUAGCAGCUCACCUGAAAGCUCUACUUUUAAUGAUACCUGUUCUACUGUGAGAGAGAUACUACUUGCAGAUAACAGUGGAAAUCAUAGCAAGGAUUAUUCUGGUCUAUGUCACAAGCCUGAAAACAAGGCUGAAAUACAAAGCUCAGAAACCCUAGCUGAGGAAAUGGGUGAUGAUAUACAUUCAAGAACACUUCCUGAAAGAUGCCAACAUAUAGAUUCUAUUGCAGAGGAAGUCAUCAAGGAGCCAAAAACAAUAUUUGAAUUGACUCCUGCCCUUCCUAAACACAAUGUGUCAACUCCUCCCCUAGUGAAAAGGAACAGUGCCAAAAGCAUAGCUUUCAGUGCAGGCCUGAGCAGCCCAAAGCAAAGAGGGAGGGAUUCUUUGUAUUUUGAAACAAAACGAUUGUUUAGAAAAUCAUACAUAGAAGCUUUGCAAAACCCAAUGAUCCUGGGUUCCAGUUCUGAAGAAUCCAUCACACAAGAAGAUCCUUCAGAGAAUGAAACAGGCUUGGGCCAAGUGAGUGAUGAUCCCAGAGUCACUGAGAAAACACAUGAAAACAAUGUUCAACAAGAAAGCUGUUGGUUUGAAAGUCAUUCAAAACAAGAGGAAGCAAGGGAUGAGACCAUUAAAUUUGGGGAUUGUUCCCAGACUUCUGAAAGAUCCCCUGUAUCUCAAAAAACCCCUCCAACAACAGAUUGCUGUUCAGAGUCAAGAAGAUCUUGCUCUUUAGAUAGGACGCAUAAGAACUUGCAGUCCAAACAUUGUCAACCUGUUAUGUUCUCACAUGGAGUAUUCAGUGCAAAUACAUCCAAAAUAAUAAAUGGGCAUUCUGAAAAGCUGGAGAAACUGGAUUCACAUGUUCAUGAAUUAACUUCUACCAAAAGCAAAGAGGAUGAAGAUCCAAGGGCCAUCAGCGCUGAUUCUCAUGCUUGCAAAUCUAAUGCAAAUUUGUCACCUCUGCUGCCAUGCCAUGAAAAUGAACUGCUGUCUGCAAGCCCUGGGGAUCCUGACCACUUGUUACUAAACCAGUUGCUUGAUGUGAAUCAAGAAUUACUGCAAUCUGGAGUCAUUGCUCUAUGUGGAAACAGGGAUCGCUUUGGAAGAGCUGUGGUGCAGGUCAGCAGAAAAAAUGGUGCCUGCUUAAGUGACUGUUCCAGAGUCAGUGAGCUCACACAACUUCUGCUGUAUUUCUAUCAUAUUCCCAGAAAGGAUGUCCGUGCUUUGGGGCUGCUUAUUUUAGUGGAUGCUCGCAAGAGUCAGAACAUACCCUCUCUUUUCAAAGCUUUGGCAGCAUUACAGAGUGCCAUUCCUCAUUCUGUUCACAGUGUUUUGAUACUGACUAAUAAGGAAACUGCUUUUAGGCCUGACAAAGAAGUCACAUUUCAGUGUGAAGUUCUAACAUCACUGAAGGGUUUGCAUAGAUUCAUUGAUGGUAACCAGCUGACAGCAGAAUUUGACGGAACAUUCCCUUACAAUCAUAAUGACUGGAUAUGCUUCCGAAGAAAACUUGAGCCUUUCAUUACAAACUGCAAAGAGGCUGUUGCUUUCUUGCAGUACUCUGUAUGUUCACUCAACAGUAUCCCGAUGCCAAAUACAGCACAAGAGGUGAAUGACUUAAUGAACAAACACAAGACAACAAUGAAACUUGUUCUGGAACAUGAACUGUUGGUAACCCUAAGACUUCAGGGUGGAACAAUCCUUGCAAGGCUUAGGAAGGAGGAAUCCUGCAAUACAGAAGAUUAUCGAGAUGCUAUGGAGACUAUUACGAAGCUGUAUAAUCAAGUAGAUGAGGAAGUGCAUAGAUUGGUUCUGUUGUCUAAUAAAUGCUUGCAGAAACUAGAGAAUCUCUUGGCAAUGAGAAAAUUUGAAGGAGGCUGUGAUCAGAUAAAAGUCUGGUUUGAAAAUGAGAGCAAGAAAUAUCUUGGGCCAUUGGAUCAAGAAACGCUUUCAAUUGAAAAUCUGAAAAAGAAGUGGGAAGAAUUCCUAGUUUUCAGUGAAAAGACAAUGCAGCAUUCCCAGGAAGGGCUACAGCUUAUAAAGGAGAAUUCUUCAUUAAAAUCUGAAGAGGAAUUUCAGGUCUUCAGUAGGUAUCUGAAUAACAUUACCAAUCAAACCAAGAAGAGGAGAAGUGAACUGGAGAAGUUGGUCAAGCUAUACGAAUUUUAUGAAACAACUCAGCAGUGGCUGAUUCAAUGUAAUGAGUUUCUUGAGCAACUGUCAGCAGAGGCCAACUAUUCUCAAUCUGCAGUUCAUAUUUUGCAAAAGUACCACCAAGAAGCUGCAAAAGUUUCUGCAGAAAACUUCCAGAAAGCCACUGAGAUUAUAAAUGCUCUAGGUAACAAAGAGAUUGAACUGAAGCAAUGGAAUAUUUUAUGGCUCAAAUGUCAGCAGACCAGGCAGCAUUUACAAGAGGAGCUUUCAAAAGUGGUGAAAGGUUCCAGCAAAGAAGGAACUCACAGUACUCUCAAGGAGAUUGGCUGGAGAAGUAGCCAUUAUCUGGGCAGCAAAUCUGGAAAACAAUAUGGACAUUCAUCUAGCUGUUGUUCUAGCACUGAUGAUGCUAACCUUUGGAAUAAUUAUACAUUUCAAUGUGGCAGCUUGCCAGUAGCUACUUUGUCUUUUUUGGUUAAGGAAGAUACCACUCAAAGCAUAGAUAAGAGCUCUUCCAUUAAACCUUCAGUGUCACAGACUCUUACUCCUCUGUUGAAUAGGUUUCAGAGGACUACCCAUGUUUCAGAGGACUUGGACAACAUUUCUACCUGCUACUCAGAGCCAAUCCAGGCAUCCACCACCCGCCACAGGAAGCACCCACUCAAGAAGAUUAUGAAGAAGACACAAAGCUUUGAAUUGACUCGACAUGAAAGCGAUCACUGUGAACUGCAUCACCAUGGAUAUACUGGAGUUUAUAUAAGAGGACUGGAGGUAGCCAGUAAUGUUGCUGCAGAGAAGAGAAACACGCAGCGUUCAAAUAUUAGAAGUCCUUUGGUUUCUAGAAAUCACAGUUUAUCAUCUCCAUCAAGAAUCCACCACACAGAGAAUGAAGAAGAGAAGAAAAGAGGGGGAAGCAAUAAAGUGAACCACAUAAUGGAUGAGAUGAUUACUACAGAGAGAGAAUAUGUCAGAUCCUUAGGAUAUAUCAUCGACAGCUAUUUCCCAGAAAUGGAAAGAGAUGACUUACCCCAGGAUUUGCGAGGGAAGCGGAACAUCAUCUUUGGAAAUUUAGAAAAACUCUACAAUUUCCAUUGUCACUAUUUCCUGAAAGAACUGGAACACUGUACAGACUUCCCACUGCGGGUUAGCCACUGUUUUCUCAGACACGAAGAACAAUUUGGGAUGUAUGCAUUAUACAGCAAGAACAAGCCACAGUCAGACACUUUGCUAAUAAGCCAUGGAAAUACCUUCUUUAAAAAUAAACAACAGGAAUUGGGUGAUAAAAUGAAUUUGGCUUCUUAUCUGCUGAAACCUAUCCAAAGAAUGAGCAAAUAUGCACUCCUUUUGAAGGAUCUGAUCAAGGAAUGCUCGGCUGGUCAAGAGCAGGAACUCAAUACCCUCCGGGCUGCUGAAGAAAUGGUCAAGUUUCAGCUUCGCCAUGGGAAUGAUUUGCUUGCAAUGGAUGCUAUCAGAGGAUGUGAUGUCAAUCUGAAAGAACAAGGGCAAUUGAGGUGCCAAGAUGAGUUUAUUGUGUACUGUGGCAGAAAGAAGUAUUUGAGACAUGUUUUCCUGUUUGAAGACCUCAUCCUGUUCAGUAAAACAAAAAAGAUUGAUGGUGGAUAUGACAUGUACAUGUACAAACAGUCAUUUAAGACAGCCGAGAUUGGAAUGACAGAAAAUGUUGGAGAUAGUGGCCUAAGAUUUGAAAUCUGGUUUCGAAGAAGAAGAAAGUCUCAAGACACCUACAUCCUUCAAGCAAAUUCAACAGAAACUAAGGUUGUAUGGACAAACAUCAUAGGAAAGAUGCUUUGGAGGCAAGCGUUGAGAAACCGAGCAAAAAUAAAGAUGUGGCAGCAUUCCAUGAGAAGCAAGGGAUGGGCAGGAAGAAAAAAUUGGCAGCCAUCCUCCUCUUCACCAAAGUGUAUAUGUGCAUGGGUCUUGGCAGAUCUUGGCCUUGAAUCCAUUGAAAUUAUGUGAUAACAGGUCCUACCUAAACUAUUUGAUUAUACUUUAUUGGAGAUGGUCUACCAGAAUGAGGUUUGUGGCCUUUCAAUUUCUUUCAUUAGCUGGAUUUUCCUUCUGUUCCCUUCCCUAUCCUUUCUUUGCUUUUGUAUCAAAAAUGCCAGUGCUCAACACAGAGAGAAUUUAGGUAUCCGGACAACUUGCCUAUGGAUGGUAGAGGAGAUCUUGAAGAACUUGAUUCAGGCAGCAAGGGAUGGCAAUGCGAUAUUGCACCUGCAAGCAUUCAUUUCUCUGUUGUGAUAACUGGUAACUACUGAGUAUAUGGUCAUAGAAAGUUAUGCUGAUGGGACAUUCUGUAUCCUACUACAGCUCCUAUACACCCUCAAAGUUGCUGCAGAACUCACCAAGCCAGGGUGAAGAGAGAAGAAAGUCCCUUCACAUGAGCAGGCUUUCAACUUGACAACCCUGGAUUUCACUCACUGUUUCCAGAGUUGGUGCCCAGUUGGGUGUUUCUCCGCACUUUUUCGGAACAUUUAAUAGUUGUUUUGGCUUGCCUCACUGAAGGGAUUUCUCCCCACUUGAUGAUGAAAGAACUUUAGCCUUGCCUCCCAAACCCAUUUGCAGGAUGCCCACCCAUCUUCAUGUAGAAGGAACACUCAAGGCAGACUCAGUGUUCUGUUCUCACCCAAAAAACACCCACACACAUUAUACACACAGAGAGGCACAAUUCUGUUGGUGUGACAUGCUUUCUUAUGUACAAAAUAAAGUUUGCAUCAAAAGUCUUAAUGCUGAAAUGGAAAAAGAAAUGUUAACCCCAUACAAACCAUCAAAGCUGAACAAUGUUGACAGCUGGAACAAGUAAUGUAACUUUUGCAUUAUUGUGUGCAUUAAAAGCACUGAACUUUGCACCAGUUUUGGCUUCCCUUAGACUUAUAGAAGGAAGCAUUGAUUAUUCUUUCUCUUGUGGUUUUGGUUUACUUGUUCUCAGAACUUCGAAUCCAAGAAAUGGUGUCUAUGGGCAUAGGGAAUAAACCAUUCAUGGAUAUCAAGCCCAGUGAUGCAGCCAUAAGUGAUCGAGCAAUAGAUUAUAUAAUGAGAGGAACAG